UUCUUCAUCUCGCUGUCUCCAGUUGCUGACCAGCAACGCCGUACAUAAGUGGGGCACCGAGAUCCACGAGGGAAUCUACAACAUGCUGAUGUUGUUGGUGGAACUGGUGGCCGAGCGAGUCAAGCAGGACCCGGUUCCCGUCAAUCUCAUGGGUGUCUUGGCGAUGGCCUUCAACCCCGACAACGAGUACCAUUUUAAGAACCGGAUGAAGGCGUGUCAGAGGAACUGGGCAGAAGUGUUUGGAGACGAGGCCAACAUGUUUGCUGUUUCUCCAAGCAACACCUAUCAGAAAGUAAGGCUGAACUCACCUGACGCUCGAGGUGAUCUAACAGCGGGUAGAUUACAUUUCAGACACACAAGAUUGUAAAGCUCAAUUCGUUUUAGAAAGGUUCGCUCAGUUAGAUACGAUAUCGAUCCUGACGGAAAUUU